GCAAUGUCUGUGGAUGUCCCUGGCGUUGCUAUCACUAAGAGGGAGAAGUCGUCGGCUGCACAGCUUGCACAUAUUAUGGAGGCUGUCUAUUCCGUGCUGCAAAGGUACGAAGAAGGUUGCAUGGACUUGGACAAGACAAUUGGUAAGGCGGAACGCAUAAACAACGGUCAAUGCCAGGCAGCGCAUGCACUUCACCAGGCACUGCUUGCAGAACAUAUGGAGUACCUCAGCUGCACAAUACAUCCCUCCGCUACACCGGAGAUCAAAGCAUUACCGACGCAAUGCAGGAUGCUUCAACGCCUCUGGCAGCAUGGCAUUCGAGACUUUCUGGAUGCUCUUCGGCUUCAUGCGCCGGAAACGAAUGUCUUUGCCGAAAGCUUUGUGAUAUCGUCCUACCAAUUUUUCGGCUAUCUUUUGGAAGUCGUACAAGACAAAGUAAUGACCCCGUUUUGGCUCGUGUGCCUUGGGGAGCUUGCCGCGAAGUAUGCAUCCUUGGCGGUAAGCAUUGAAGAACGUCUUCAAUGGACGAAAAUUGCACAGUCAUGGUUGACCGAGGCGCUGUACCGUGCGCCCUACAUAGGCCGAGCGCAGCAUUGUCUUGGAGCGAUA